AGCAGCGUUCAGCAUCGCAGGGAUCGUCAUCGUCGACGUGCACAGCACAGGACACAUAUUGCCACACGUAGUAAAUCUUGCGUAUAACACCAGUGCAGUUUUUGUAUUUGAGACUGAUAGUAUAGAAAAGUUCCAGUUACUCAGAUAGACCUUCCUGGUCACUAGCCAGUCGUUUCGCGAGUCGGUCAGCAAGCGCCAGCGUUUCAAUUGUGUUCGGCGGAAGUGCGAAAUUGCGAAAAAGUUGCUACUAGAGCAGAACAAACUUUACAAACAAUUCCACGAUAUUGUGUUCAACCAACAGUUCAGCCACGAAAGAAAUCGUCCGCGUUGCUUUCGUAUCGUAGGUACUACAUAGGUGUACUACCGCAGGAAAGUGAAGCAAUUGUGUCGAAAUAAGUUGGUUCCGAAGUUCUUUUUUUUUGCGAGCCCAGUUUGCGCGAUACUCUACGGCAAAAGUUUAACAGCAACAACAACACACUGCGCAGAAGAUAUCGUAUGCUCGACUGAUGCUGUCGCAGCCAGACUCUGUCAUGAGUUCUACUUUUCCACUUACUUAAAAGUUUUUGGAGAAAGUAAAUCAACUGUGUUAGAGUUUUAAAGUGAAGCUCGACGUGAGAAACGAUUGAUACUCUACUGAUACUACAAAAUGCAACCAAAGGAGAAUUACAACAAUAACAUAACACAGGAAGAGUUCCUGCCUGGCUUCGAAGAAAGCGCGAAGAUUCCUACAUCAUGUGCCACCAGUAUGUCACCACCGGUUGGUGCAUUCGCUCAACCAACGAAGGGAACCGCUGACUGUCCCUCGCAGCCACAUUCCUGUCAGGUUUGCAACGGUUGCUGCGGCGGCGGCGGCGGCGGCGGCGCGAACCGGAACACCAACCCGGCGGCGGAGCUGAUCUGUAGCAAACCAACAACACCCGUCUCGUACUACAAGCAACGGCAGCUGCUGAGCUACGAUGACGCCCCGAAGCACCUCCAGUUCAACCCGUUCAUCCGAACCGGCUACCGAACGAUCCUGUCCACCAAACUCUGCCUGGAAAGUAUCUUCUGGUGGACGAACGAAACCAUCAACAUCUGGAGUCACAUUUUUGGCUGGUUUCUGUUCAUCGGACUGACCUAUUCGGAUAUUAUGCUGCUGGAAAUGCACGCGAGCAUGGUCGAUAAAUUGAUCGUCGGUUCGCUACUCGUUUGCUUUCAAGUUUGUAUGAUCUUGUCUUCCAUUUACCAUACUUUUUCCUGUAAAUCGGAGCAAAGUUAUGAGUGUUUUCUAGCAUACGAUCUCUUCGGAAUAGCACUGUCGCUGCUGGCUAUUUUCAUCAGUGGUAUUUACUAUGCCUUCUGGUGCAAUGCGCCUCUGCGGAACUUCUACAUCAUUACGAUCGGUGUUAUCUUCACGGUGGCUAUGAUCCUGCAGAUUCCCCGCCUGAAAGUGAAUUCCAAUGUCAAGAUGAUGGCCUUCGUGGCGUGGGCGGCCUACGGCGUGGUACCAACGCUGCAUUGGUACAUCGUGAUGGGAGGUGCAGAAAGUACCAUGGUCAAGUUAUUCAUUCCACGCGUAAUGAUGAUGUACCUGCUGACGGGCACUGCCUUCUUGAUCUACGUCACAAGGAUACCGGAACGCUGGUUCGUCGGUAAGGUAGACUACAUCGGGCAUUCGCACAAUUGGUGGCACGUGUUCGUACUGGCUGCGCUCUACUAUUGGCACAACAGUGGUUUGGCCUUUGCAUUUUUCAUGAUUGAUAACGGAUGUGUGGAGGAUAGAGAUAAAUGUUACCGUUUGUAAAUACCCCCUAAAAAGCCAAAGAGAAGCUGCGACUGUGUGCCCGAUGUGCACCUUUCCUCUUCGAUUGCAUAUACAUACAUUCGUAUCUAAUUGAACAAAUAAUAGCUAGUACCUACUGUUGAUUUUAAACAUGAUUUCAAAAACCGUUCGGUUGUGCAUUACACACUGAUAUCGUAUCCUUUUCUGUUGUUUCGGUGUUCGUUCGAUCAGGUUGUGGUAGCUUGUUACGGUAGUAGGAUCAUACAUUAAGUUUUUAACUUUGCAUCUGAUUUUUUAACGUUUCAUUUACGAAAAAACUUACACUCAUUCGAACGUCAAUGGAUUUUAUCAACUUAUUUAUUCGUUUUAUUCAAUUUUUAUUGCAAAAUAUUUUAAAAAUCUCACGAGAAGUUACUAAGUUUUCGUGCCUAUUUUAUAGGUUUUAUCCAAGGUGAAAACUAAAGUAAAAACAUUAUGAAUCAAACGAUAAUGUUUUAUAUUCUGAUUAAAAGGCGACGGCCAAUCAAUUUGCCAGUUUCUUUGCCUAUUAAAACAAAACUUUUAAAUUUUUAUGUAUAACCUAUUUUUUAUCGGUUUUUAUUUUUACCAAUGUUACAACUUAAGAUUAUUUCGGGUAUAAAAUUCAUACAUCAAAAAUUACCAGGGUAGCCUGUUUAUGUUUAAAAACCAUAAUAAAUUAAGCAGCGAAAGAGCAUUCCCUAACUGAAUUCAUAGAAUGUUACAGUAACUAUAGAGCAUCUAACGUUUUACGGUACUUACAUAUUUAAAGAUUACAUCGCAUGUGAUUCGGCUGAUCCUAACGCAGCAACUACACUAUUGGCAAGAUAAGAAAAAAAUUUUUUUUAGUAUGUAAUCUGAAAAAGUCGGUUUAAUCUUGAAAAGUAAAAAGGAUGCAUGAAAAAUCUAACUGACAGCAGAACAACACAGCACGUCGCCUACCAUGAUUUUCAAAUUUUGCUCGCCAACCCACAGAUGUAAAAAAGAUUAUGAACUUUCACAAAUCAACCACCAUUCACUACUAGUUUUCCAAAUACCUAACGAUCGCAUUCAAAUCCAUUUUCGUUUCCAUUCCUAUUGUUUAUCGCUAACUGCCUUAUCAUAGAUUUUUUUGCUGGUCGGUCCCGUACCGGUCCGUUGUUUAAUUCUACCUGAUGAUUCAAAAAUUCCUCCACGCCCUCCCUCCUUUUCUAGGUAUGUUGUAUGCCCAGUUCAGAAUGACUCAUGGGUGCUCUGCUGGUGUCCAGUAUUCCUGACCAGAUGCAAACAAAAAAAGAAACAAAGAAAAACAGACCACAUCGCGCGGUCACGUACCUACCACUAGGUAAGCGAGAGAGAGACUCAAGUGAGACAGUUUUAAUAGAGGCAAACUUUUAAACUAAACCGUUUUAACGUUGCGUAGAUUUUAAUCACAUUUAUAAUGCAUGAACAACAGUCAAUUACUAUUAGACGUUGAAGUUCGCUCGCGCACUGUUCUAGUUCCAUAGAAUAGUGAUUGUUGCUCAAAUCUUCCAGGCCAAUCAAAUAGCGUUUAAGUGUAGACAAUUUGCGAAAGAGCGAUUAAAGGUAGAAGAAAAAAACAUAGUUAAGAGAUUUACCAAUUCGCAGUACAAGAUGUUAUUUAUGCUGAAUCUCUCUAUUAGCAGCGAAGAAAGAGCUCAAAUAUCUUUAUAGGCUUUCGUUUUAAUACUAUCAAAA